AUGGAUGGUCGUCGCCAGUCCCGAAAUCUGAUGUCACUCUGGACGGCCGGGUGUUACGGCGAUAUUAACGACACCAUCCCAGCCGCGCCAAAAUCAGCCGAGAUUGCGGUUAUGGACGAACCUUUCCGUGUCCGGUACGCAGCGUCGCUGAGCGAAAUCCAACAGCUAUCAGAGGGCGUGCGCCAUGCGCUCGAAUGCCCAGUGUGCAAAGAACUGCCCGGCGCCAUAUCCACGUGCUGUGAUAAUGGGCAUGGGUUGUGCGACGAGUGCUUGCGCACCAUGAGAAGGCUGCACCCGGAGACGCCGGUCAAGUGUCCAUUGUGCCGGUCACCGCCCAACCGUCUGUAUAGGAACGCCUGCCGAUCGCCGCGGACACCGCCGUCACUGGAGCCGGCGAACGCGUCGUCACUGGAGCCGGCAAACGCGUCGUCGUCAGGGCAGCAGCCGCAGAGACCACGGAAUCAGCAGGAGCAGCUUCCACCGGCUGCCGCACGCAAGCUAAACGAUUUCAUGUCCGUCGUAAAGGUGACAUGCGCUCACCGUUCGACCGGSUGCCCUUACCUAYUAUACGUGUUGUCGGCCGCUAUGCACGAGUCCCUUUGUCCUUACGCCCCGCAUGUUCGAUGUAUGGUGCCCUGUUGCCAAUGGUCGGGUGCUUAUGGCGACGUGUUCCAGCAUGUUUCCACAGGCCACCAGUUUUCGGCCUACGACGUAAUGGAAAAUCAGUUCCUGAUGCCGGAUUUGACAUUCGGGCUGCAAGGCUCUAUGCGCCGGGCUUACCUGACGAGGAACGUCCAGGACGGCAACCGGCUUUACUGGGUGUGUGUGGCCCGUCCGACGAUGGACGGCAUUCAAGUGGCUGUGCUCAAGGUGUUCAACCCAGAUGAGCCCACACAGCACGCCGGGCCACCGGACAUGGUGUUCCGGGUGCGGACUAUGAGUCGGCAGGGCUGGCAGCGGCAAAGAGACCGCCCACGGUCUGUAUGCUGGGACCGGAUGGUGCUAGACCGCAUGAUGCGUGUGAUGUCCAUCCACGAGAAUAAGAAAAGGUGCAUGGCCACACUCCACACGCCACCGUGGUGCACUGCAACCGUGCGAAAUGACCUACAGUAUGAAGCCAUAAUUUCGUGGAGCGCGGUGGUCCGGUAA